CCAAGCACUAAGCACUAAGCACGAUGAGUGAAUCCAGGGAGGCCGGUGAGCCCAAGUUGCCCAAGAUCAAGGAGCAAGAGGAAGAUCCUUCCCAGAAGGAGGCCGCCUCGGACUUUGAGACCGCCAUCGAUGCAGCUGGCUUCGGCAUGUUCAACAUCCUUCUGCUGUUCGCCGCCAUUCCAGCGGCCAUGGGCACCGUGUACGAAACCUCCACGAUGUCCUACAUCCUGCCCAGCGCCGAGUGUGACCUCAAGCUUAGCCUUCUGGACAAGGGUAUCCUGAACGCCAUCACCUAUGCGGGCAUGAUCAGCUCGGCGGUGAUGUGGGGCUACCUGGCCGACACGAAGGGCAGGAGGAAUCUCCUCAUCCUGGGCUACGCUGCGGAUACGAUAUGCGUGUUAGGCGGUGCCUUCAGUCAAAACAGGAUCCAGCUAAUGAUCUUCAAAUACCUAGGGGGCUUCUGCAUGAGUGGUCCGUUUGCCGUGCUGAUGACGUACCUGACGGAACUCCAUGGACGGAAGCACCGUCAGCGCAUCAUGAUGGUGGUGGGCAUUAUGUUCUCCAUCGCGACGCUUACGUUGCCCGGACUGGCCAUGUUGGUUUUACCCCAAACCUGGGACCUUCGAUUCUGGACCUUGUCCCUGACAUCCUGGCAGGUUUUCGUGGCCAUCACUGCACUGCCCAGUCUUUUGAGUUUUAUGCUCUUUUUUUUCCCCGAAAGCCCGAAGUUUCUCAUGUCCAAAGGACGGAAUCAGGAGGCAAUGGAUGCUUUCAAGUUUAUGUACUGUCUAAAUUCGCGAAAACCCAAGGACUCUUUUCCAAUCAAACUGUUGGCCAAUGAAGUUAUUGUUCCGGUGAAAAAGCACAAGGAAGGAAUUUCGGAUUCCUCUGAAAUAAAACUGCCCAUCAGUAAUGGUCAAACUCAGGACCCUGAGAGUCAGGGCUCCAAAAAGAGUUCGGGUUUCACUCAGCUCCGUCCACUGUUCACAAAGCCCUACUUGGGCCUAUCUCUUUGGGUCUACCUCCUCAACUUUUGUGUGCUCUUGGGGCAGAACACUAUGCGGUUGUGGCUGCCACAGCUUUUCGCAUCGAUCAACGAGUACGAACAGCUAGCGACCCGAUCGGAAUCGACGAGUAUUUGCAGCAUCCUGGAGUACAGUGUAAACCGGACCCAAAUUCAGCUGGAAGCUGCCACUAGGAACGAUCCCCAAGUGGAGUGCCAUGUCAACAUAACUGCGUCCACAUACACCAACAAUCUAAUUGUGGCUGCAGCUGGUUUGGUUGCAUACAUGCUGGCUGGAUUCCUAGUGAAUUUAGUUGGCGUCAAACGAAUCAUGAUCAUGGGACUGUUUGCCGCCGGAUGCUGUUCCAUUGGAAUGUACUGGUCCAAUUCAGCGCUAUCGACAGUGGCCCUUGCAUCGCUUUUCGUGACCAUGGGCAGCAUAUCGGCCACCUCGGUGAUCAGUGCCUCGGUCAACCUGUUUCCCACCUCACUAAGGACGAUGAUCGUCUCGCUGGAAAUGAUGUUUGGCCGGCUGGGCUCACUGUUGGGCAACAUUUUCUUUCCGGCUUUGAUGGGAUUGGGUUGUGUGCCACCGUUUCUCAUGAUUAGUGCGUUCAUGCUGGCUGGCUGCCUGAUGUCUGCUUUUCUGCCACUAAAGAACAAGGCUGCUUUGAAGUGAGCGCUAAUGCCGCCGUCAUCACAAGUUUCUUACCCAGUUUCCAUUCCACUGCUGUACAUAGUAUUUAACUUAAUUCUUAGUUUAGUUCACCGUGCCUACACUUUUACUCUCUUGCAGGAGUUACAAUAUUCAGGGAAAAAUCUCAUCUUCGGUGCAGUCCGAUUACAUAAAACACAUAAAGUGUCCCUUGUGAACCUCUAAUUAUUUAUUAUUUAAAUCAUAUUCGGCUUUGCCUUUGGUCGACCUGAAUAUUAAUCGCGAUUUCAGUCAUUUCAAUCUGCAAGGGUAUUAAAAAUGUGCGGCCAGUCAAAGUCUUCCCUGUUUCCAAGUUAUCUCCAUUUUUUUUUUUUCCUUUUUUUUUCGUUUGUUUGUAUUGUCCUUUUCCCUUGGUUUAAUUAACAGUUAAUUUAUUUUAGAUUGGAAGUUUCUAGGAUUAAGCAAUUUGUAUGCAAUUUCGUUUUGCUUGUCAAUUACACGAACUCCUCUCCAUCAAUUUCCAUAAACCGCCGGCACUUAUCAAUGCAUCCUUGGGUUGAAAAGAGGACUCCGGUUCUCUGAUGUCCUGCCACUGACUUGACGUUAAAAGUGAGUGCACAAGAAGUCAAGCAGCAGGAAAUGCAGACGGGGAUCGGAGAAAUUGGCAGCUCUGGCUUAUCACGUUUGCCAGUAUAACAUUGCGACAUUCCAGCCAGGAUAAAUUGAGUCCAAUAGAAGGACUCGAGUGUGGCUGGAGUAACCUUUAUUCAUUGACGAAGAAAAUGGAGACCAAUGGCUCAUUCAUUCGCACACAAGCACUUGGCCUUUGUUUUCGGCAGGGUUAUUAAUUAAAUCCAUCAAA